UUUAGUUCUUUGGCCACAGCGGUUUGUUUGGCUCCGUUUCGAUCCGAUCCGAUCCGUCGUAGUCGUCGUCGUUGUCGUUCCCCGUUGUCCGUGUUUCGUCUUACAAUUAGUUUUUCCCACAUCUUCCGAUUGCGGGCGCGCAAUCGCGAGAGAAGAACCCAAAAAUGCAAGUGCAAACAAAUGGCAAUUAAGAAGAAAAAAAAAAGAAUUUUCGAAAUCAAGGCAAAGUGCAUUCGAAAUUAAGGCAAUGCAAAUGCAAAUAUUACGGAUAUUUAAUGAACAUUUUUAAUUUCGUAUUUGUUUUCUGCUCGACCAGCAAUAUAUUUGUGUAUGAUUUACUUGCGCAAUUCCAUUAAGAAAACGCCGACUCUGUGGAUUUAAUAUUAUCGAUUUUUGACGAGGGAAAACUUAUUGACUUUUACUUACAAUUAGUGCACAACUCAGCAUAGCGGCACAUGGAACACGGCUGCUUAUCGCAAUAGUAAUACCCACCAAAUGGGAAAGAAAAAGAAACUCAAAAAUCAACGAAAAAAAGUGGCCCAAAUCAAAUAGAGAGUCCAUUAGCACAUUCUCCUCCAAGGCUCAUUCAAAUAUUUGUGUGUGAUUGUGUGCCGACUGAUAAAAUGACCACCAAGGCAGUAAUUUCCAGGUGCCCAUAAGAGAGGUGCACACAUUUGAGAUCAAGCUCAAACCAAAAACUCAAACACCUCCAUACCUACCCCUACCCCUACCCCUACCCUUCAUCUUGCACGUUUCUUUGGCAACUACUAUCCCAUCAACAUGAGUGGCCUACGUCCUGGCAGCGUGUGUGAUACCACGCCAUUGCAACGCUUCGAAAGUCAGAGUAGUAAUGGCGAGGAGCCAUCUUCUCCAACGGCUGCUAGCCUAGUGGCAGCUGCCGCAUCGUCAACUGCUUCCACAAUGCCCCAUAUUAACAACAACAACAACAAUAAUGUAAAAGUUGAUUUACAACUGCCCACCUUUGUGGGUGGACCGGGAAAUGGAGUUGGAUCUGCAGCGUCUAUUGUCACCAAGACGCGACACCAGAGAGGCACAUCACAAAUCUUUAGACGCAUUUUUCUCGACUUGUGCCUUCUUAGUUGUGUUGGUCUACCCAUGUUGGGUUUCUCCCUAUGGUGGGAGCCCUAUAAGCGAGGUUUCUUCUGCGAUGACACUUCUUUGAAACAUCCCUACAAAGAGUCAACCAUACGCAGCUGGAUGUUAUAUCUUAUGUGUGCCGCAUUGCCAGUGAUUAUGAUCUUGGUGGUGGAGUUCUUUAGGGCACAGGAUAAACGCAUAAGAGAAUCAUAUAUUGGCUCGAAACAUAAGGCCAAUCAUUCUGCUUACCAUCUAUGCCAUUUGGAGCUACCAAAUUGGCUAUUGGAAUGUUAUCGAAAGAUUGGCAUCUUUGUAUUUGGUUUGGGAGUCGAACAGUUGACAACGGAUAUAGCUAAAUAUACCAUCGGACGCCUAAGACCUCACUUCUUUGCUGUCUGUCAGCCAGUGCUUCCCGAUCAUACGACUUGCGAUGAUCUUGUGAAUGUUGGUCAAUAUAUUGAGAAUUACACUUGUAUGGCAACCGAUAUGACUGCUAAGCGUUUCAAGGAUAUGCAAUUAUCAUUUCCCAGUGGACACACCAGUUUUGCCUGCUACUCAAUGAUCUUUUUGGUGAUCUAUCUGCAGAGACGCAUGCAUUGGUCAGGAACUAAAAUGUUACGACAUCUGCUGCAGUUCCUUUUACUCAUGUUCGCCUGGUAUACGGCUCUGACUCGAGUCUCUGACUAUAAGCAUCAUUGGUCCGAUGUGCUGGCUGGUGCCGGCAUUGGCCUAACAUAUGCGAUUGUGGUGACCUCGACUAUGUGGUAGAGAAUUUGGCUUCUAACCAAGGGUUGCAAACCCUUGACCGCACUCUACUCACAGCAUUAUCAUCAUCAUGAACAUCAACAUCAUUGCUCAAUGUUUGAGUCAUUUGCUUUAUAAAUUCAAUGUGCUUGAAAUACUUUAAACAACUAAAUAAUUAAGUAUAUAAUUAUGUCUAUAUGUAUAUGUCGGAAGUAUGAACCAUUUUACUUAAUAAAAUAUUGUUUUAGUGUGUCUCGAAA